AUGCCAUCUGAAAUGACAUCCAUUGUCCUAAUGGGUCCAGCCGGUUGUGGCAAAUCGACUAUCGGCUCUCUUCUGCGAAGUAAGCUUCAUGGUUGUUUCAUCGAGGGUGAUACAUUUCAUUCAAUUCACAAUAUCUCCAAAAUGUCCUCUGGUGUGCCGUUAACGGACGACGAUCGACAGCCUUGGUUGGAACGUAUACAUUCCGAAAUUGUGAAGGCCAGAUUAUCCUCACAGUCCACUCCUAUUAUCGUUGCUUGCUCAGCUCUUAAACGACGGUAUAGACGGGUGCUUGCUCGUCCGCCGAAUGCAGACACUCUUUUUGUACUUCUAGAUGCCCCAGCAGACAUUUUAGAAGCACGGAUUCGGCAGAGAAGUGACCACUUUCUUCCUCCGAGUAUGCUUCAAAGCCAGCUUGAAACACUGGAAGUGCCCCUCACAGGAGUGGAGAACUUUUUAAUAGUCGACGCCACUCUUCAUCCUGAUGAAGUUGUUGCAAGGAUACUAGCUGGAUUGAAGGCUGCUGACUCAGUUUCUUGA